UGGCAAUACUCGCGGCCUCACGGCUUUCCUGCUAUGAACGCCACCGCCGCCACGAAUCUGAAAUUGCCAGGUGCCUCACCCGCUGAUUAGGCGUGAAUGAAAGAAUUCAUGUAUCGCUCGUUCUCGGAUCUCAUGGGGAGUGGUCAUGUUUCUCAUGUGGGUAGGUAGCCUUUUUGGUCGCAUUAUGUGGAAACAUUUAUCAAGCUCCGCAUCGGCUCUGAUAGCAGAUUUUGAAAUGAGCUAUUGAUGCGCUGCCAUAAGCAGGUCCUAUCCUUGUCUACAUUGCCAGCGCCGUCUUUGCUGAAGAAUGUCCCUAAAUAUGACAUACGAUCGCAGUGUGUUUCUAUCUACUGCGUUAUUCAUGGCAUUCGUUGCAUCCUAGGUACCUGGUCGCCUGCUUGAUUGAUGUAUAUCGAUGAUUAGCCCUUGGAUUUUGGUCAUCUUGGUCUGGACCCUGGGAGGGGUCGCAUUUGACCUCAGUAAUGGCGAGGAUCUACACUCUUUCAUGACUAUGCCGGAGGCCCGGCCGAUCAAGUUCAACGUAACCUACCAUGACCGAUCCCGCGUGAGCGCCGGCUUCUUCUUCGUCGCUCCGUACUGGAACUUCAUCGUCGACCCUCCAGUGAACCGAUGGAUGCCCUGUCAGAUGGGGCCCCACAUCUACGAUGCGGAUGGUCAUCUUGUCUGGAGCGGAGCCUGCCAGUUUGGAGAUCACAAUGUCUUCGACUUCAGGAUGACUGACAACAUUGAUGACCAACAGCAUCUCACGUUCGUCAAGGCUCACUCGUUCAACUGGGAUAGCAAAGGCGAAGCCUACGUCCUAAACCACAAGUACGAGAUUGAGAACAUAGUCGGCGUCACAAACCAGCUCCCCACCUUCGACACGCACGAAUUCCGCGUCCUAGACGGUGGCCGCUCGGCCCUAGUCACGCAGUACCGAGGCGCCCAGCGCUCCUUUGCAGACUUCAGCCGCUCCAGCGAAUACAGCUGGGUCAUAGAAGGCGGACUCCUCGAACUUGACAUGGAUACCGGCGAAGUGCUCUACGACUGGAACUCCGCGCAGGAACUCUCACUCAGCGAGUCCUACCAACUACAUCCCGACGCUGUCCCAGACCCCAACCCCCAGGGCCACGACUUCCUACACGUCAAUUCCGUUGACAAAGACAGCCUAGGCAACUACCUCCUCUCAGCCCGUUACACAAGCACAAUCUACUACAUUUCAGCUGCGGAGCACCGCAUCCUCUGGCGCCUCGGAGGCAAGAAAUCCGACUUCACGAUGGACUUCACGUUCUCGGGACAACACGACGCUCGCUUCCGGUUCACAAACAGCACGCACAUGAUCCUCUCCCUCUUCAACAACGGCGGCGUCGACGAAUACCACGACGAAGAUUGCUCCUCGGGCCUCAUCGUCCUCCUCGACCUACAAUCCAAGCACGCCACCCGUCUCGGUUACCUCCCCCGGCCAGAUAAAGGCCUCACCCCAAGCAGAGGCAACUUCCAAUUCCUGCCGAACGGGAACUAUCUCCUCAACUGGGUAAACGGCGGCUACAUGACCGAGUUCUCUCCCGACGGCCAAGUCCUCAUGGAAGCCCGCUUCCACUCGGACCGCUACUCCACGUACAGGGCCUAUAAAUUCGACUUCCACGGCCAGCCGACACACCCACCUGCUGUUGUAGCGCAAGUCCACGGCUCCAGCGACACAGGCUACAUGACGCUCGUGUACACAAGCUGGAACGGCGCCACGGAUAUCGUGGAAUGGGUGUUCUACGCACAGCACAACCGCUCUGCGCCUGCGGUACGAAUCGGGUCGGCCUCUAAAAUCGGCUUCGAGACCGUGUUUUCCACGCCGGGGUAUUUCGACUGGAUUUCGGUAGAGGCCAUCGACCUUUACGGGAAAGUCCUAGGGGGGCGGAGGAGGUCUGGGUUCCAUCGCACCCGGGUGCCCGCGGAGUGGGAAAUGGAUCAUCGAGAAGACCGCGGUAAUGGUAAUGGCAAUGGCACGCAUCCGUACCCGACGCCUGAUAACCCGGAGACUACUUUGUUUGCGGGUGAGGAUCCGGGUGGUCCGGUUGUGGAAUCUGAACUUCCGGCAGAGGGCAGGUCGACGUUCCUGUUGGCCAUGGUUCUUUUUGUAUCUUGUCUGGGUAUGGGGGCGCUUUAUUGUUUCAGAUUGAGUUUUAGAUUCGGGGGGUGGAGGAGGGCUUAUUAUCAUUUGGUUCGUUCGGGGAGUUGAUAAAUCAUAAGGGUGUAUAGUUAGUAUAGUAGGUAGUAAAGAUGAUGAACAUAAAAAAAAAAAAAAAAAAGACAAA